GCCCGCUCGCGCGCACACAGGGAGAGGGAGGGAGGGAGGGAGAGGGGAGGAGCUGGGUCGGCGGCAUGGCGGUGGCGAGCUGGAGCAUUCCGGCGAUCCCGCGGGCGGGCCCGCCAGCGAGGGGUGUUCUGCUCGGCGGCGCCUUCCUGACGGCCGCGCGGCCGCUGGCGUGGCGGUGCCGAGCGACCGCACCUAGGAGAGUGGGGCUCGGCGGCGUUCUGGUGGCCCGCGCCGGUGCGGCGGAGACGCCGGUGGCUGGCUCCGGGGAGGCCGGGGUGCUGUUCUCCGAGAAGUUCCCCUUGCGCCGAUCCCAAACUGUGGAAGGGAAGGCGUGGGUGAGGGUCGAUGCGGAACCGGAUGGGGAAGGGAAGUGCAAGGUCGUGAUCGGGUGCGAUGUAGAAGGGAAGUGGGUGCUGCACUGGGGUGUAUCCUACGACGGUGAGCAUGGAAGAGAAUGGGACCAACCUCCUUCAGAAAUGAGACCUCCUGGUUCAGUUCCCAUUAAGGACUAUGCAAUUGAAACACCUUUAAAUAUUUCACACGAUUCAGAAGGGAGGAUGAUUCAUGACGUGCAAAUCAAAAUUGAUAAGGGCACUCCAAUUGGUGCUAUCAAUUUUGUUCUAAAGGAAGAGGAAACAGGUGCUUGGUUUCAGCACAAGGGUCGGGAUUUCAGAAUACCUUUAAUUGAGUCCUUUGGAGAAGAUCUACUAGGAACAGAACAAGAUAUUGAUGUCAGGCCAGGGGCUUUAGGUCACCUAUCUAACCUUUUACAGAAACCUGAGGGACCUGUACCUGAUGAUAAAGGUUCAAGAGCCAAAGGCAUUUCAGGGUGCUACGAGGAAUACCCCAUCAUGAAAACAGUGUAUGCUCAGAAUUUUGUAACUGUUACUGUGAGGGAAAACAAUGGAACAAAUAAGCAUACCGUGGAAUUCGACACUGAUAUUCCUGGAGAAGUUAUCAUUCAUUGGGGAGUUUGCAAAGACAAUACUAUGACAUGGGAGAUCCCCCCAGAACCACAUCCACCUACAACAAAAAUAUUCCGACAGAAAGCUCUACAGACCUUGCUACAACAAAAAGCUGAUGGAACAGGCAAUUCUAUAUCAUUCUUACUGGAUGCAGAGUAUUCUGGUCUGAUUUUUGUGGUAAAACUCGAUGAGUAUACCUGGUUAAGAAAUAUGGAGAAUGGAUUCGAUUUCUACAUUCCUCUUACAAGAGCAGACACCCAUGAGCCCCAUAGCGCUGAGAAACAUAAAGCUGAUGAUAUGGCUUCACAACCUGAUGGCUUAAUCAGUGAUAUAAGGAAUCUGGUGGUUGGUCUAUCAUCUAGAAGAGGUCAACGAGCGAAGAAUAAAGUUCUGCAGGAAGAUAUUCUACAAGAAAUUGAGAGGUUAGCGGCAGAAGCUUAUAGCAUUUUUAGGAGCCCCACUAUCGAUACUGUAGAGGAAUCUGUUUAUCUCGAUGACUCGGAAAUUGUGAAGCCAGCUUGUUCUGGUACUGGAUCUGGGUUUGAAAUAUUGUGCCAAGGAUUUAACUGGGAAUCUCAUAAGUCUGGAAAAUGGUAUGUUGAACUUGGCUCAAAGGCCAAGGAGUUGUCAUCCAUGGGCUUUACCAUUAUCUGGUCACCACCACCUACUGAUUCUGUGUCGCCCGAAGGAUACAUGCCAAGGGAUUUGUAUAAUCUAAAUUCCAGAUAUGGAACAAUGGAAGAGUUGAGAGAGGUUGUGAAAACUUUUCAUGAAGCUGGUAUGAAGGUUCUUGGUGAUGCUGUCCUGAAUCACAGGUGUGCUCAGUUUCAGAACAAAAAUGGUGUCUGGAAUAUUUUUGGUGGGCGCCUUAACUGGGAUGAUCAAGCAGUUGUUGCAGAUGAUCCACAUUUCCAGGGAAGAGGAAACAAGAGCAGUGGAGAUAACUUCCAUGCAGCCCCAAACAUUGAUCACUCACAAGAGUUUGUGAGGAAUGAUCUGAAGGAGUGGCUUUGUUGGAUGAGAAAGGAAGUUGGAUAUGAUGGAUGGAGGCUUGAUUUUGUUCGUGGAUUUUGGGGUGGAUACGUCAAAGAUUACUUGGAAGCAAGUGAACCAUAUUUUGCAGUAGGAGAGUACUGGGACUCUCUCAGUUAUACUUAUGGUGAAAUGGACUAUAAUCAAGAUGCUCACAGGCAGAGAAUAGUUGAUUGGAUUAAUGCUACAAAUGGAACUGCUGGUGCAUUUGAUGUUACCACUAAAGGAAUACUUCACUCUGCACUGGAAAGGUCCGAGUAUUGGCGCUUGUCUGAUGAAAAAGGAAAACCCCCUGGAGUGUUAGGUUGGUGGCCUUCGCGUGCAGUCACAUUUAUAGAAAAUCAUGACACUGGUUCUACUCAGGGUCAUUGGAGGUUCCCAUUUGGUAUGGAGUUGCAAGGAUAUGUUUACAUCUUAACCCAUCCAGGCACUCCUGCAGUCUUCUAUGAUCAUAUAUUUUCGCACUUACAUCCAGAGAUCGCUAAAUUAAUUUCUAUCAGACGUCGCCAAAAGAUCCAUUGUCGUAGCAAGAUCAAGAUACUGAAAGCAGAAGGCAACUUAUAUGCGGCAGAGAUUGAUGAGAGGGUGACAAUGAAGAUUGGCGGAGGACAUUUUGAGCCAAGCGGCCCCAUUAACUGGGUAGUUGCUGCUGAGGGACAGGAUUACAAGGUCUGGGAAGUGCCUUUGUAAACUUGUCGCGCUGGUACUUGCACAACUUCUAUUCUACUAGGCAGUAGACAACUAUUUGGUAUAGCUCACAGAAGGAAAACUGAAUAGCAUAAAGGUAGACAUCAGCAUCAGCAUGGUUCUGCGGCGGACACUGCUCCUGGUGGCAAGAAAAAAUGCCGACAGCAAUGGCAGUGGAAGCGCUUGUCCUACCGAAAGGAUUUCACCAAUCAAGUGAAAUUACAUUGUACAUUCGAACAUUUGAUCUACUCUGAAUCGCGGUUAUGACGUGAAUUAUUUUUCUGCAGGCAAUUCGCCUGUUGAUAUAUGAUUGUUCUUUAUGCAUUUUUGCCGAGAUACCUCCAUCAUGUUGGAGCUAUGUAAGAUGAUACAGUAUGCAUUUGCGAAUAUAAAUAAAGUGCAUGCAUUGGAGUA